GGCAAACAGCCAAUUAGCCACAGAAGGUGGCAUUUCCACGGUUUCAGCAAACCUACACAUCUCCCUACGCUGCUGCCCUCCAUGAAUUGUACAUGAUCAUCAAACGUCACACGGUUAGUUUGAUGAUAAUUUCUGACAAAUUCGGCCAGCCCGGUCGGCUUUUUUAUUUUCAUCUUAGGCCCCUCGCUCAUUAUUAUUAUUUUUCGUUUUUAAACCCCAUGGCUAGAGAAUUUUAAUUUCAACCCACAAACCAAAACAACAAAAGAGGAAAAGCCCAAACGGAGAAAAAAAGGCGAGGAGAGAAAGAGUGCUGGUUAUGUCGGUUCAUUUGGGAAGCUGAAGAGCCUAAGAGGUAGAAGAAGAAGCAGAGCCACCCAGUAGCUGUAGUUGGGUGCUUGAUUGUUGAGUGGUCAGCCAUGCCUUCGCUUCAGCUGCUGCAAUUAACUGAGCAUGGCCGGAGUUUCAUGGCGUCGAGGAGGAAAACUUUACUACUUGCCACUGGUAUCGUGGUUGCUGGUGGGACUGCUGCAUAUGUUCAAUCACGGUUAAACCAUAAAAAGCAUGAUUCUCUUGGUUAUUAUAAUGGGCUGAAUGAUAAUGAAGAAACAACGGAGAAGGUCGUGAUGAAUGAUCAUAAGUUAAAGAAACCUCCACGAAAGAAAGGGGGAUUGAAGUCGCUUCAAGUUCUUGCUGCAAUUCUCUUAUCUGAGAUGGGCCAAAUGGGUGUGAGGGAUCUUUUAGCUUUAGUCUCUAUAGUGGUGUUGCGAACUGCUUUGAGCAACAGGCUAGCAAAAGUUCAAGGAUUUUUAUUCCGUGCAGCUUUCCUUCGACGCGUGCCAUUAUUUCUUCGACUGAUCUCUGAAAAUAUUUUAUUAUGUUUUCUUGUAUCAACCAUGCAUUCUACUUCAAAGUAUAUCACAGGGACCUUAAGUCUGCGGUUCAGAAAAAUAUUGACAAAACUUAUUCAUUCCCAUUAUUUUGAGAAUAUCGCAUACUACAAAAUGUCUCAUGUCGAUGGUCGGAUAACUAAUCCUGAACAAAGAAUUGCAAGUGAUGUGCCAAAGUUCUGUUCAGAGUUGAGUGAAAUUGUACAGGAUGAUUUGACAGCUGUCACUGAUGGUUUGCUUUAUACUUGGCGGCUGUGUUCUUACGCCAGUCCUAAAUAUGUUUUCUGGAUAUUGGCAUAUGUAAUAGGAGCAGGGGCCACGAUAAGAAAUUUUUCUCCUGCUUUUGGGAAACUAAUGUCCAAAGAACAACAAUUGGAAGGGGAGUACCGACAACUUCAUUCACGAUUAAGGACACAUGCAGAAAGUGUGGCAUUUUAUGGUGGAGAAAGUAGGGAAGAAUUUCAUAUUAAGAAGAAGUUUGAAACUCUGAUUGGGCAUAUGCGUGUUGUCCUUCAUGACCAUUGGUGGUUUGGCAUGAUUCAAGAUUUUUUAUUGAAAUAUCUUGGUGCUACAGUGGCUGUUAUACUGAUUAUUGAGCCCUUCUUCUCAGGCCAUCUGAGGCCUGACACUUCAACUUUAGGCCGCGCGGAGAUGUUAAGCAAUUUAAGAUAUCAUACUAGUGUCAUAAUUUCACUAUUUCAGUCUUUGGGAACUCUUUCUAUAAGUUCAAGGCGGCUUAAUCGUCUCAGUGGUUAUGCUGAUCGCAUUCAUGAAUUAUUGGCCAUAUCAAGAGAGCUAAGUGUGGUCAAUGGUAAAUCUUCUGGGAGCAGAAAUUGCUUUAGUGAGGCUGAUUACAUUGAAUUUGCUGGUGUCAAGGUUGUUACCCCCACGGGUAAUGUUUUGGUGGAUAAUUUGUCACUUAGGGUCGAAUCAGGAUCUAAUCUUUUGAUUACAGGUCCAAAUGGUAGCGGGAAGAGCUCACUUUUCCGAGUUCUAGGAGGUCUCUGGCCCUUGGUAUCUGGCCAUAUUGUGAAACCUGGUGUUGGUACUGAUCUCAAUAAAGAAAUUUUCUAUGUACCACAAAGACCAUACACAGCUGUUGGAACACUUCGGGACCAGUUGAUUUAUCCUCUUACUGUAGAUCAAGAGGUUGAACCACUUACACACAGUGGAAUGGUGGAGUUAUUGAGAAAUGUUGACCUCGAGUAUUUGUUAGACCGGUAUCCACCUGAGAAAGAAAUAAAUUGGGGUGAUGAAUUAUCUCUUGGGGAGCAACAAAGAUUGGGGAUGGCUAGACUUUUCUAUCAUAAGCCUAAAUUUGCAAUUCUUGAUGAGUGCACAAGUGCUGUCACAACUGAUAUGGAGGAACGUUUUUGUGCUAAAGUUCGAGCGAUGGGAACGUCAUGCAUUACUAUCUCACAUCGUCCGGCUCUAGUUGCAUUUCAUGAUGUGGUGUUGUCCUUGGAUGGUGAAGGUGGUUGGAGUGUUCAGUUCAAAAGGGAGGAUUCUCCUCUCCUUAAUGAAGGUGGGGGAAAUAUGAUGUUGUCUGAGACGACCCGACAGAGUGAUGCAAUGACGGUUCAACGUGCAUUUGCCACGACUAGAAAGGAUUCUACAAUCUCAAAUUCGAAGGCACAAUCUUACAUCGGUGAGGUGAUAGCAGUGUCUCCUUCCGAGGAUCAUAAUGUUACACAUCCAUUUGUUCCACAGCUCCAAAGGGAUCCUCGAGCUUUGCCAUUGAGAGUAGCAGCCAUGUUCAAAGUACUGAUUCCCACAGUUCUUGAUAAACAAGGAGCACAACUGCUUGCAGUUGCUUUUCUCGUGGUAUCGAGAACAUGGAUUUCAGAUCGUAUUGCUUCCUUAAAUGGAACCACUGUGAAAUUUGUUUUGGAGCAGGAUAAGGCAGCCUUUAUUCGUCUAAUUGGCGUUAGUGUUCUGCAGAGUGCUGCAUCAUCCUUCAUUGCACCUUCUUUAAGGCACUUGACAGCCAGGCUGGCUCUUGGGUGGAGGAUUCGUUUAACUCAACAUUUACUCAAAAAUUACUUAAGAAAUAAUGCAUUUUAUAAGGUAGCCAUACUGAAAUGUGAAAAAUCUUCUGAGCACACCAAUAUUCUAGACAUGCGGUUGAGAACUAUUCUGGAGAAUGUCCGAUUGAGUUAUCUUUUGGAAAGGGAAGAAGGUGGUUGGGAUGCUAAUCUGAAUUGGGAGGACACUCUCUCCCUUGGAGAACAGCAGAGAUUAGGCAUGGCACGCCUAUUUUUUCACAAGCCUAAAUUUGCCAUCCUUGAUGAAUGCACCAAUGCUACGAGCGUUGAUGUUGAAGAACAACUUUAUCGGCUCGCAAAAGACAUGGGUAUCACAGUUGUUACCUCCUCACAACGUCCUGCUCUAAUUCCAUUCCAUGCUCUGGAAUUACGGCUCAUUGAUGGCGAGGGUAACUGGGAGCUUCGUUCAAUAAAACAAUGAGUUCGCCAUGGUGGAAUUACAGCUUAUUUAUUGUGAGGGUAACUUCGUUCAAUAAAGCAAUGGGUUGACGGUGUUGGCAUCUGCAGCUAACCAUUUGUACAGUGUAAGAUGCUUUUAUUUUGGUGACUUACCAUUUGUAGUAUAUCUUAUAAGUCGCAAUAGAGGCAAGCUGGAGCGGGUUUUCCUAUCCAGAGAAAUUUAUUUAUCUUGGAGCGAGCUGUGUUACUUUGCUCCUACAUGACAAGUAGCCUGAAGGAGAAGCAGAUCUCUUCAUUUUUGUGUGCAAAUUACUGUCGAAUUGUGGACAAUAAGAUUGGAGCAUACAACACGGUAAUAAUCUCUGUAGGUUAAAGAAAUCUAGUAUGUACAGUUUUCCCCAAUUUUUCCCAACUUUUGGGUUGUAAGACUUCAUAAUUUAAUCAUAUUGAUGAGCCUCCAUAUAGAAAAAGAAAUGUGUAGGUUAUUG